CAACCAGAAUUGUUGUGUAGAAGAUUAGGUGGUUUUAAUAAUAUAUACAUAUAUAUAUAUAUAUAUAUAUAUAUAUAUAUAUACGAGUAUAGACGUAUAGUGAAGUGAGAAUGUCCAAACGUCCUCGCGAAUUAGAUAGCGUGAAGAAGAAGGCGGCUAGGGCGCGCUUUCGCAAAUUAGUGCGCAGUGUUCUGUUCAAUCGGCAAUGGCUAACGGAUACGGAUGAGCAGCAUACUGUCUCCCUGAAUGCCAAGAGAAAUGUUGCCACGUUGUUCCGACGCAAGCGCAAGGCGGGUAUAUUAACAAUGGCAGAAAAGGCGCUUUUGGGGACCGCUAGUUAUACGCGAACUGUCGAGGAGCGUAAAAAAUUGGUCAGCAUUGUUGCUCAUUUGGCAUGUUUUUCAAAAAUACCACCGAAAAUACGAGCCCGGAUGGUGCCUUGCUUAAGGUUCAUGGCUUGUGGAGCUGGUCGCAGGCUAAUGAAAGAAGGAGAUAGAGGUGUAACUAUAUACUUUAUUGUUACCGGAGAGGUAGAGAUGACCAAAAAGGUGUUCAAUGCGGUGACCAAUGCCUACGAAGACAAAACCGAAGCUAUCUACGGCCCUGGCGAUUGUGUUGGAGAUGUAGAUAUGCUUGAACAGCAACUAAGAACUCAUUCGUUUACAUCGACGUCGGCUUGUGAGCUUUUACUUUUAAAUGACCGUGAUUUCCACGAAAUAUUAGGGCCAUAUGCUGUAAAAAUUUGGCGGGAGAAGAAGAGGGCCUUAGCGGGCCUGGAAUAUUUCAGUUUUAUGAGCAGGAACCAGGCAAGACACUUGAUCUUAAUCCUCGUUCACUAAAUGCGAACUAAAGUCUAUUUGUAUUUCAUAAUGUAGAUUGUAGAGGCUUGUAAGUUUGGCACCAUUAAGCAAUACCAUCCGCUGGACACCAUAUACUCUGAGAACAGAGGUUCAGUGAGCUACGUUUAUUUUAUUCUAAGCGGCGAAUGUGUUAUACUGCAGUGUCUUCAUAUGAGGGUCUCCAAAGUGAACAGUACCAAGCAAUAUGAAUUAGCUGGUUAUAGGAAAAGAACUAGCACUUACCCAAUGUCAGCCAAACAGUCAAGCUUUAAUAUUAAAGAAGUUUUAGAGAGCAGCACUUCUGAAGAUGCCAUUCCGCAUCCGCGCAGACCACGUAGAAGUGCGUUAGGACUCGAGGGAAUCGAGCAAGCAUGCGGACACAAUGCACCACCCAUCCCUGACCCAGUACAUAUGUCUCUUUUGGACCCUUAUACCGAAAAAGAGUCGCUUGAGGGUGAGGAACAAGAGGUCGAGGAAUACGAUGACCUAAAUGGUAGAAAUUUAAGCGAAACAACAGAGCACUCUCAAGCCUUGGACCCAUCAAGAAGUUUUAUUGAACGAUCAAGCCACAGGCUCCUUCUGAAGGAAAGCGAAGUUUUUACCCUAUCAUCGCUCAGCAGCACGAUAUUACGGUCCAAGGGGUUAGCGAGAUCUCAAACGGAACUCCCAGACCAAUUUGAGACCCACUUCAUAGAUGUUGGGUCGCUUACAUACGGAGGCAUUUUUGGUUUGGGUGAGACAUUUGAGCAUCGCGUGAUAAUGGCACGCACGACAGUGCAGUGCUUGGUCCUUCCACGUUUCUGGUUAAUGGAGAGUGCUCAGAAUCCGGGAAACAUAUGGCAGCGUCAACGUUUUUAUAUCGAUAGAUGUAUUCCUUCGAGGGUGGCGUUGUUCGAAGACUUCUUAACUACGCGCAAAUGGAAUUCGUUUUGUAGCGAUUACAUUCAAAGUACUUUGGACAAAGACUCAACAUCGAACAGCACCAAGAUCGAAAAUAUUCCUAUAUUUUGUCGCAUUAUGGAAACAUCGGACGAUUCCUAAACGGGCAACCACUUACAGACAUACAUUUACAACACUCCUACUAUAUAUUUUUAAUUCACAGUCUUUGCGGACGAUAGUCGAGUGUUCCUAUCGUAUCGUCAAUUUAUCAUGUUCUCAUGUUUAUGAAGGACAGAAAGUGAAAUGAUGUUGAAUUAAAACAGAAACAUAACCAACCAA